AAGCGGCCAGAUCAGUGGCCAGAUUGCAAGGACGGGGGGGACACCGAUUCAUAGCCCACGAAGUGCUGCUGCGUAGGGCAGAGGAUGGACCGAUUGCGUUGGUGCCGCAGCUCCCCACGCUUCUCCCUCCCGCUGCUCCUCUCAACUUCCAAGCUAUUCCCCCUGUCCCGUACUAAAUGCUUCCCUUCUUCUCCUACACCACUCUCCCCUACCAGCUCACGGAGAGCCCAUAUCCCAUGCGCGAGUUCUCGAAGUAUUUGGUGGAGCUAACUUACGUGGAGCCGCUGCCCUUCGCCGACGAAGACGCGUGGGAGUUGCACUGUGCGCUGUACAAGUCGGUGGCGCUGGGGAUGUUCCGGUUCUUCGUGGAUCACGAAGACCACUGCAUCGGGGAGCACUUCGUCGUCUACUACAUCAUCACACGGCCCAMGCCAGCGGAGAAGGAAGGGACGGUGGCGCUGUACCCCUUCGCCCAGCUCCAGACGAUCGAUCCGGGAUUGUUGGAGCUCAUACACCUUGAGCUCCUCUCCAUUGCGCAAGUGAUCGCGAGCGAGGAGGAGGAGAUCCAACCACGAUUGCGGAUGGCGACGGCCCCGCAGAGGACGUACAACGCGGUCGUCAUCCCGGAUUUCAUUGCGCAGCGGGGGGAGAGGUCGGAGGACUUCCCGGAGGAAAGGCCGUUGCCGCCUCCCUCGUCGUAUCCUCGACCAGCGCCACCAAAGGCCCCUCAUGAGACGCCGAAGAGGAAGAGACGCCACCCGUCGCCAAGAGCGCAAGGCAGCAGGAUCGGCGGGGGCGAGGAAGUGAUUCUGCCCGCGCGUGCAGCGACGCUCGUUAAGGAGAUAGUCGUGCCAUCGCCGCCCUUUCCGCGUGUGCCCGAUCUCAAUCUUGAUGGAGCCGGGCCAUCAUCAGCAGCAGCAGCCAGAGGAGGAAGCCGAAUGAGAUUUCUGGAUCCCAUAUCCAGACCCCCGACAAUGCCCGCUUUUCUUCCACCUAUUCCACCCCCUCUCAAUCUUGAUGGAUCCCAUAUCCAGACCCCCGACUAUCUUCCACCUAUUCCGCCCCCUCUCAAUCCACGCCCUGUGUUGUCUUUCUUUCGGAGUGCUAGAGGUGCGAAAAAGGGGCCCAGAAAAACAGCAAGAUGGGGUGUGCCAAGGAUUUUUGGAAAUUGAGUGUGGGGACACAGACGAAACUGAAAUCCCCUGUGUUGGUCCGAUGAAGUAAGUCGACCGUUUUUCACACGUCGCAAAAAUGCGCGC